CGAAAAUCAAAAUUGGAAGAGGAUUCCUGAAAAGGUUGCACUAAAAAUUUUAGAUAAUUUUUCUGGUUAAAUCUCAUCUUGAGAUUUAUAUUAGCAGUAUUAUUCAAUGUUAUGGAAUAACACAAGAUCCAAAGACUAAUGAUUACGUAAUGAUUUUAGAAUAUUGCGAGGAUGGAAAUUUGAAAGAUUAUUUAAAAGUAAAUUAUGUAGACUAUGGAUUAAAAAUUGACCAUUUAUUACAAAUUUCAAAAGGAAUUUUGUAUAUUCAUAACGCCGAAAAAGUUCAUAGAGACCUUCAUCCAGGAAAUAUAUUAUUUAAUAAUACACCAUAUAUAGGUGAUUUUGGAAUGUGUAAAUCAGUAAAAAAUGAAAAUAAAGAAAAAAUUUAUGGAGUAUUACCUUACGUAGCUCCAGAAGUAUUUCAUGAUCAUAAAUAUACGAAAGCAGCAGAUACUUACUCAUUUGGAAUAAUAAUGAAUGAAUUUUUAUCUGAAACAGCUCCUUAUAAAAAUAUUCUUUAUGAUCAUAAGAAAUUAGCGAUGCAUAUAUAUGAAGGUCUUAGACCAACAAUUUCCGAAGACACGCCAGAAUUACUUGCAGACUUGAUAACUAAAUGUUGGGAUGGUAAAGUUGAAAAUAGACCAACUACUAGAGAAUUAUAUCAAAUUUUAAAUAUAUGGAAUAGAGAAAAAUAUAAAAACACAGCAAAAUUUAUUUUCAAAUAAAACAUUGUGAAACUAGAUUAAAGUCAUUGUACGCUCAAACAUAUUAUUCACAUAAAUCAGACGAAAUUAUACUAAAUAAAUCAAACGAAAAUAUAUUUCGAAGUCUAAAGUAUAUGAAUAAAUCAAACGAAAAUAAAUUUCGAAAUCGAAAGUAUUCAAAAAGCUAUUCGAAUACUCCACUAAUUUCGACAGAUUCACUUAGUAGUCUGGCGAGUGCUCUCAGUUGCCAGUUAUAAAAAUUCUCAAAUUUAUAGAAAAAUUUACUUAUUAAGGAUGGGAAGGUGUGGCGAUAAGAAAUUUUUUACUGAUAAUUUGAUUACAGUAUCUAGCAAAGAAUUGGAAGGUUGAUGUAAAUCAAAAUUUAAAUUUAUUUACGUAUAUUUUUUACGAGUUAACAUUUAAAUAAAAUUUUAAGAAGAU